AUGAUGUACGGUUAUUUGGCUAAAAUCUACUUCCCCGUGUUCGUGUGCUCCCUCGUGGGAGACAUUGCCGCUGUCCAUCUCACACAUCACAAAGUUGUCUACUCGAUACCUAUCGCAUCGCUUGUAGUCUCCGUUACACUAAGACGCAAGCCGCUCCAUCUCUUCAACCGUACACUGCAACACCAUCGCACAGUUUACCCACCGAGAUCAUGUCAUGGUGCCCUCUUGCCUCGAUACAGUGGUAUGGAAUCGUCGACAAUCCCAGUGAUCCCAAUGCAGGUCACACUGUGA